CAAGCAAGGGAGGGGCUGCUCUGCUGCAAGAUACAUUAGAUAGAAUGAAUGCAACGAGCCUAAAGAACACUUCCUGUUGAUGCAAAAAUUGCAGCAGCAACUGCCUGACACAUCUGGACUUGGAAAAAGGGGGGGGAGGCCUGGCUUGUAGUGUUAGCGAGCUGCUGAGGGGAAUGGACAGCAUCUAAAUGCCAACCUUCAAGACGGCUGUCGACAAACUGGAGAAACAUAUCCAAGAAAUGGACGACGGCAGCUACAUCGAGUUUGAUGUGCCGGAGUUCAGUAACACAGUUCUGACCCAACUCAACGAGCUACGGCUGCAGGGGAAGCUGUGUGACAUCAUCGUCCACAUUCAGGGCCAACCAUUUCGAGCUCACAAGGCCGUUCUGGCGGCUAGUUCACCCUUUUUCCGUGACCACUCAGCCCUCAACACCAUGAGCGGCCUUUCCAUUUCAGUCAUCAAAAGCCCUGAAGUGUUUGAGCAGCUCCUCGCGUUUUGCUACACGGGUCACAUGUCCCUCCAGCUCAAGGAUAUUAUCAGCUUCCUCACUGCGGCCAGCUUUUUGCAGAUGCAGGCGAUCAUUGAUAAGUGCACCCAGAUCCUGGAGAGCAUCCAUUCCAAGAUCAGCCUCCCAGUUAAUGCUUGUAGCCCAGAUAAAGACAGCUCGCAAAUCAGUCACAAUGGUGUAAACGACAGCAACCUGUUCAUAAACCCUACCCAGAUCUCCCCCCCUUAUUACUCCCGGCAGAGCCAUGGAGUCGGUGAAGCUCGGUCGGAACAAGCAGGCAAAGCCCAGGGCCGGGUGCGGCAGCAGCAAGAGGAGGGGCAAUCAGAUCGUGGCAGUAGCGACGGUGUGUCAGAGCAUGAUGCAGUCAUCGAAGGUGAAACUGAGCAAAUAGAACUGAUUGGCAAAGAUGGGCAAGUCACAGAUGUGCAUGUGAAGGUAGAAAAAAAUGACAGGCCUUCUUGCUCAGAUAGUUCCUCAGCUGGUGACGAUGGCUACCACACAGAAUUUGUGGACGGAGAACAAAUUGUGGCUGUAACUGUGGGUUCCUACGGUCCAGUCAUCCAGCCUGCUACCUAUUCUUACUCAGGGCUGUCCUCCUCUUGCUUGGUCAACCUCAGCAACUCCAGUCCUUCUCGCUCCAUCCUCAGUGGCUUCAGAGGUGGGAGAGCCCGAUCAAAGCGCCCAGUGGCUAUCCCGGCAGGGGUCCUGAGUCAAAUAAAACCCGCUUCGGACGAUGCCGAAUCAGCCGUGGGCUCCGCAGGGUUGGAGAAUGACGUGCGAGAGCGUAGCCUCCGGAGCCAGUGGUACCCGUACAACGAAAGACUCAUAUGCAUCUACUGUGGAAAGACCUUCAAUCAGAAAGGGAGUCUGGACCGCCACAUGCGCCUGCACAUGGGAAUUACUCCAUUUGUUUGUAAGUUCUGCGGCAAGAAGUACACAAGGAAAGACCAGCUGGAGUACCACAUUCGUGGCCACACAGACAACAAGCCCUUCCACUGUCAGAUCUGUGGUAAAUGCUUCCCAUUCCAGGGCACCCUUAAUCAACACCUGCGGAAGAAGCACAUGGGAGCGUCGGAGGCUAGCAAUCACACGGACUACCCGGAGAAAACCGAGGAUAGCUCAGGUCAAAAGGACCAGAGAGAUACACCAGAGGGGAUGGCCUAUAAGGCGCAGUAUGCGGAAGAGGCACCAGCCAAUGAUAUGGAGGAGAGUUCCAAAUGCAGUCCAGAGGAGGCUCAGGCAUCGAGAUGUGAUUUUUAAGGUCCUGCUUCAGGUUAUGGAAGCUUUAAAAUAUGAUUAGUUCAACUCAAUCUAAAGGACUCACUUUUUUUUGGAAUCCCUCUGCUACAAACCUUUCUUGAUACAAGCGUUUCUUUUUGUAAAAUUGAUGCAGAAAAUGAGUGAAAGAAAGUGGAUGCUUUAUUAUAGAAAUUCUUUCAAGCAAAGGGAGUCACAACGUACUAUUUUUGAGGUGGUCCCAAUAAUCAAGACCUCCAGUUGAUUGCUCUUUUUAUCUUUCCAUGUUUUUAAAAAAAAAAAAAUAUUUACAGAGUUAUAUAGGCAUGUUGCAAUAAUUGAUAAUGUGAAAGCUCUGGUAAGAUGCUUGUCAUAUCACCUUUUUACCUGACCUGUUUUUGCACAUGUGGCCACUGGAGGUCACUUAACUCACAAGGAAUGAUUUUUCUGCCAGUGCAAAGCUUCGUGUGACAUAUCUGUUUAAUACCUCAUAUUGCAACUACAUACUCAUAACAGACAGUAUUUUAACUUCAAUGACACUCACCGGGUUCUACCUCAUAGCCAAGAACCUAGCCGGCACAAACGUGUUCACCGUUUGAAAUCCGUUUUAGCUUUUAUGUACAGUUUAUCUUAUUGCCAAACGCUGUAACACUUAUUCUUUUUACACAAAGCCUUGAUACUAGGGUGGGAAAUAUUCCUUGCUGAUUGUAUAGAUUAGGGACAAAGUCCUUAUCAAAUGUCUAUGGUCAGCCAGGUUAAAAUUAUGAUCAAGAAGGUGCUAUGUUAGGAGUGCAUUAAAUCUUCUCGCUUACUUGUGUGCUUCUGGCAAAUAUUGCGGACAAUUUAAGAGACUGGCCCUGUUAGGAUUUCAUGUCACGUUUUACUUUCUUUCUGGUGAUUCUCUCUUUAUAAAAACACUUCAGGAUUUUAUCCCACGUCACUACUGGAAGUCUCACUCAGUUGGUCCAGGUGUGGUAUUAGAUACUGUCACCCAUGAAAUGGGUGAAAUAUGUCUACGAAGUAAAGUCACCUGUAUACCUCUUUUACCUUGUAGGCUAAUUUACAAUGAAUUAACAUAUGUGUGUCUGUUUUAUAAAGAGGAAGGCUUCCAAUGUAAUACUCAGUAUCUGACAGAGACAAGCGUACUUGCUGUUAACUAAGCACGGCUUAGGGAGCAGCUUGAACAAUAUGCAAAAAGAAUGAACAAAGGAAUCUCAGCCAUUGCCUCAUAGUUUAUAUGCCAUCACUUAUAAAAGCUCAUUUCGUUUUGUUGUGUUUGUCGGGGAAUCCGAUUAGGAGUGUGUUCCUCUGUGUCAUUGUCGUAGAUGUGGCAUAGCUGAAUCAAGGUUAAAAGAUGCAAAUGUGGAAAUGUGGUCAGUUUUUAAAAGUAUUAGUGCACUCUGCAGAGUUAGGUUUCAGCUUAGUGCCAGCCCACCGAUUAAAAGAGCAGAACUUUGUUUUGUCGUUCUUGAUGCAUAUUUGGAGUAUAACUUCAGUCAGAGAAAAGUACAAAAACUUUGUUGUCAUUCUGAAAUCGUAUAAAUACUAUUGGCUUAAAGUCAUGCAUGUGGCAUGACUUUUUUAUUUUUUAUCUAUACUCAUUGUGUUAUUUGGGAUCAGGGAAGGGGAUCUUACUAUGUAUAAAAAGGCGCUUAAAGUGCCAAACUAACUGUUUGCGAGUUUAAAACUUAGCCGGGUGGUUCUGUUUGUGCUACUCUGCUUCUUUGUUUGCCAUCCAGCUGUUAAAUGCCUUUUGUGCGUGCGUGUGUGUUUGUGUAUUUUUAAAGAACACCUUCUAUCAUCGACUUUUAUUUUCUCCCAUCUGGGCCAUGUUGAAUUUUAUGCCAAUGAACAAAAAAAUUUGUAACAUUAUAGUUUAUUUCAUAUAAUUUCCUUAAUUAUUGUAUGUUUGGUGGAAGAUUCUGUUAUUUGCUUUUGCCUAAAAUUACGUGAGAUUUUUUAUUUCGUUACUUCUCUGAAUGUCUUUACGCCAUCUUUACGCUUUUAUCGGAUGAGAUAGUGACACCAAAAUGUGGAGAAUUUCUCUUUAAUCAGUUUGGCUCGCUUUACUUUAGCAGUGUGUUCAAAUGAAGCGCACACUUUCACUUAUCACAAGCAGUCUGUCAGCCUAUAAAUGUUUACCAAGUACAAUUUUAUAUCUGUCAAACGCUGACAACAUGUGGGUUUGUCAGCUGAUCUGACCUCAUCAAUAUAAGUCGCUGACUAAUAUAAAUUUUGCCAUGAUCUUUACCAGUCUAAAAGGAAAGCAUCCAUAUUCAUUAGAAUCAUCUGUUGAAUGAUAAGUAAAAAAAAGAAAAAAAAAACUGUUAAAUUAAUCUUUGACAGGUUUGUGCCAAGACAUUACACCAAAGACUAAUAGGUGAUUUUUAGAGUCCGUUUUGAUUAUACUAGUUUAAUACUCCGUAAUAUAGAAUAAGGUGAUUGCUAUUUGCAAGUUUGGUUUCUCAGCUUAUAACAAUCAGUUGUGAAAGAUUUGACGAACAUUUUCAAUAGGUAAGUUGGUAAUGUUAUAUUUUAAGCCAUAGAAAAGUUCAAUAGGUUUCGUAAUUAUUAAGUCUGCAAAAGGAGAAAAAAAAAAAGAGAGAGAGAACAGUGGCAUCCUAAACCUCGUGCCUUGCCACAAGCUUUAUACUUUAGAUUCUGGCACUUGGAAAUGUGCUUCUUUCUUGACAAUAUGAAAUAAAAUGGCCACAACUAAAACUAGUGUCUUGCCCAAAAAUUGCCAUCAAAUUGCUUCACCACCUGACAGCCAGCCAUUUCCAGCGUAUUUUACCACUUGUGGUGUCAGAACACGAUGUAGCGCAUAGUUGUGAGGUGGAAGGAAUAACAAAACCUGAAAAGUGCGGUGUGCAUUUUGUUCCUACCCAGCUCAGUGGAUAAUCUGCUGACGUCAAUUUUACCUUGAGGUGUGUCUGCACUACUGUUGCCUUUCAGAUUCUGCCAACAGUUUACUCGUGGACUGAAAUCUGCGUUUAGGUGUUGAGCAUUUUAAUCAUCCUGCUGUGGCUCAGGCUGUGUUCAGUCUUUCGCAACAUCCAAUUACUUCCUUUGCUAAUGAAGUGUCCCCACACCAUGAUUCUGCCACCACCAUAUUUCACCGUACAGAUUAAGCGUCCAGGGUGAAUGCAGUGGUAGUUUUCCCACCACACUUUCACUUGUUUUCAAUAGCUUGUUGCCAACAUUGAAAAAAAAAAUCAUCCAUGUGCCACUCCUCAAAUUUCUCUCUCUACAUUUAAAGAUACUUCCUUCUAUUUCACAGCUACAUACUACAUUGUUUCAAUUUGAAAAAGAUCUCUAUAAAUUAUGCGGCGAUUUCUGGUUGUAGUGAUAAAUUAUUCAAAAGGAUAUGAAUACAAUAUUGUUAAGCGUGCACCAAGAAUGAGUUGGACCUAAAUUAAAUCCAUUAACAGCUAAAUCCGGCCUCUAACUUUCACCUAGUCUUUUUUGGGGGGUUGGACCUGGGGACGGGCCAACUGAUUUUAACUGAUCUUUGUAGCAGUCGAUCGUAAUCAAACAAGGCAGACUUGUUUCCAACAAGCCGACCGACCGCCCCGUGUUCGCAGACUGUACUCGGACAAUGUGAGCUUUGCACUGUAUUUGAAGCAUUUCAGUGAAGGAAGAUAAUGCAUGAAAAACAACAAUCUACUUCCUUUUUUAUUUUUUUGGGGGGGGGGGUUAUUUUGGUGCAGGAAACAGCCUGAAUAUUCAGCAGAUAAUUAAUGAACAUUUGUGCGGGGAAAAAAAAGUAAAAUAAAAGCUUAUCCUCGUAUACUGUAGCCAAAUUGCACGUUGCUCAGCCAGAAAUUGAUAAAAAUGCUAACUGGUAGAUUUAACUUAAGUUUUUCUUGUAAUUGUUUCAUUGACUGUGCACUUCUAUUUGUCAAAACUACAUACCAGAUCCAACCGGAAAGUCUACUUUAUCUCCUUCUUUACAUUUAAGGAACUCAGUAAUAGUUCCCUGUUAUUUUGGUAGGUAGGUAGGGAUGUUGUUCCCUUAAGUGGUGCUUUUAGCUUAUUAAUUAAAUUAUGUAUUCAUGAUUGGUGAAUGGCGGCAGAAUUGUUUAAAGGCUUUUUAUUUUAUUUUAUUUUUUUGUUGUUGUUUUUUUAAUAAACCAUAGCUACUUCUUAGAUAGUACACACUUCCAGAACCAACUGAACUUGAAACACUCUCAGAUUGGCUCUUUAGUCAGUUUUUUAGGUCCACCUCUGCGAAAGGAACCGGAUCUGCAUUUUGGGCCACAAGUAAUCAAAAGGAAGUGUUUACAAGGAAGGCUGUCAGACUACUUCUUUUGAAAAAUUGCAGCUCGUCCUGUUCCUUUUAUAAUAAACUCACUUCAGGUAGUUGACGAACACUGAUACAGGCUUAAAAAAAAAAUCACAAGUCUUCCAUAGCUUUUCAGUCAGUUUCUGUCCACUGUGUAUUAUUGAAAGAAAAGCAAUAACCUCUUUUGUUUUAUUAUUAUUUGAGAGAGUGAUUGUGGGGUAUUGGGAUCAUCAAGCCUAAGGAAAUGUUGGCCUGUCAUGUAUCAAACACAACAACGUCAGGGAGAGGAUGAGCUGAAGUAGGACCAGGACGAUUUUAAUAUUGCUUUAUCUUUAUUAUUUUAUUUCAUUUUUUUUCUAAUACUUUGGAUGGUUUGACUUUACUUUUCAAAACAACAACAAAAGAAUAUUCAAUCGAAACUGUUUGUUGUUAAAGAGAUGUUUCAGAUGCUCACGGAAACGCAGUGGGCGUCGGUGAGCCGCAGCAGAAACUGGGCGCUCAGCGGCACCGUUUUGUGGAGGUGCACGUCCAGCUGAGCAAAACAAUGUAAGGGAUUUUCGGGGCUGCAUCGCCACUGUUAUGGAGCGUGGGCCGUCUGUCGACACGCUGAGGUUCAGCGAUCCCCGGCGGCUCCUCGGGAUUCAAAGCUGUAGUUCCGGAUCGUCGGAGAGCAGUUCCUCCGGAUGUUUUCCGCCCCACCCCCACACUCUGCACUAUAAAGUGUCUGACUCUCAUGUACCUAUUGACAAGGCAAAACAAAAUUAAUCACAAAACCUCGAACUCAGGGUAAAUGUAUAUUGCUAAAAGUGAUAUCCUUGGACACCGACUUCGUGUCCGUAUCCCAAACGUUCGCUUCUCCUCGGGCGGGGAACCAAGUCUCCACUCCCCAAAUGUUUCUGCCUCACGCUCUCGAUGAGCCCUUAGUUCCCACAGAGCUGAGACCCGAGGCCCGCCGAAGACCACGACCCGAACCGUGACAGCAGAAACGACCCGGCUCCAGUUUUUUUGUUUGUUUGUUUUUUUUUCUUGUCCACUCUAUACACACAACCUCACAACCCAACUGUGAACCUCAGAACUCUACUGUUUUGUACAACUAUGAAGUAAAUGAAGCUAGCUACAGCUAUAGACGUUGUAUCUAUUGCCAUUUAUGAAUUUAUUUUAUAGCAUGAAAUAGAUAUAUUUAUUCAAAUUAUAUAUUUUACUCAUAAUCAUUCUGUGCUGCUUCAUUUUGGUUCUUAAGCUUGUAAAUUGCCUUUUUAUUAUCUAAAAAAAAAUGUCCAUAGAAUAAUGCGUUUGUAAAAUAAAGACGCUGAUUUGGC